CCAUUCUGCAGGAUGGUAAACCUCUUCCAGUACGCGUUCACCACCUACCUCUCCCUCACCGGACAACAACCCAUGGCUGCCCAGGGCUCCUGCUCCUCCCGCUCAUUAAGGGUAAUGACAUUCAACAUCCGGUAUGACUACUCUCCCUGUCCUCCCAUCCCUACCUCUGGGCCUCCGCCAGUAGAAUCCUCCCCCGAAGAGCAGAUCUGGGGGGAGAAACGCUGGGCCGAAAGACGAUACAGAGUCGCGGAUACGAUCACUUUCCACGCACCUGACGUUUUUGGCUUGCAGGAAGUCGUAAGCUCCCAAAUGGGGGAUAUGCGCCAGCUCGUAGGGUCAGUGUAUGACAGCGUAGGAGUAGGGAGAGAUGAUGGAAAGGAGAAGGGGGAAUAUGUGCCCGUGUUCUGGAAUAGGGAGAGGUUCAAGUUACUGGAAGUGAACUACUUUUGGCUUUCUCCUGAGCCUGAUCAACCUGGAAGUGUCGGCUGGGAUGCUGGCCAAACCCGCAUGUGCACACUCGUAUCACUCCUCGACCUUACCCACCCCUCUGCCUCCUCGUCUGUGGAAGGAGGGGCACUCUUCCACAUAGCUAAUACACACUACGACGACCGGGGUGUCCAAGCGCGUGGAGAGAGCAGCCUGCUAAUCCGCCGACGGCUGCCGGGGUUGAUCAAGGCCGUCGAGGAGAAGCAUUCCGUAAAGGGUGAAGGGCUCGUCGUCCUUCUAGGAGACUUCAACAGCCCGGAAGAAGAAGCAGGCUACAAGAACAUCGUCUUCCCCCAAGCCUCCUCUCCGCUCCAAUUCGCCGACACGAUGUACUCUCUCUCCCUCGCCCCUGGCCCAGGCAAGCUCUGGGAACCCUACGGCCUACACUAUACCUACACCGGUUUCCAGCCAUAUGACAGGAAGGAGAGGAUCGAUUUUGUGUUUAUGGGCUUGAGGACUGGGAGGCAAUGGAAAGUGAGCAGGCAGGGGGUGGUGGAUAAUGAGUGGAGGGGAGAGAAGGGAUGGAAGGGGUUGAGUAGUGAUCAUCGGGCUGUAGUGGCCGAGUUUUGUACGUGAUUUGGGACAGCAUGUUUGGGAUUGUAUGAUGUAAA